AUGUCAAUUAUCCAGCAGCAUACGAGCGCGACGCUCGGUGACGCAUGGCGCACCAUCAACAUUGACGCCCUGAACGAAGACUCCAGCGUCAACUUCGACACCUCGACUCUGCAUCCCCCACAGCCCGAGAUCGACGAGGCGGAAGUGCGCCAGCUUUCUGGGCAGAUCAGGCAGCUUCUGAGAGGCGGUGAUGCGGAGGGAGCUUUGAGGGGCAGCUUGGAGACCCCAGUAUACAACGGAACGGAUGCAGCCAAGGAUGCUCAUCUGCACACUAUCAUCGAGGUCCUCCAGUCGAUUAAGGCAAGCGAUAUGUCACCCUUACUGAAGAGCAUCUACGGAUCUGAGGGAGGCCCUGAGUGCCUGGAUGUCCUGAUGAAGUAUAUCUACAAAGGAAUGGCUACGGUUCACCCUGGAACAGCUUCGCGAUCACCAAACAAGGUUACACCUCAAUCGACGGGAGGUUUCAGCCAGAUCGCCGGGCGGCCUGGCUCGAAUGAGCCCGCCACUGCAGCCAUGAGUGUGCUCCUGAGCUGGCACGAGAAGGUCGUUGAGGUCGCUGGUCUGGGAUGCAUCGGCCGAACAAUGACCGAUUGGCGAAGGGUUUAG